AUGCUUCGCGCUACUGUCACCAAGUUUCCCCAACUCACCUCAGCUGCCACCGCCUCACCCCUCCUGGCCAGAACCACUCGCAUGGUGAUCAAGUUUGUUCCUCAGCAAGAAGCAUGGAUUGUUGAGCGGAUGGGUCGAUUCCAUCGGGCUCUGGAACCAGGUCUGCAAGUCUUGAUGCCUAUUAUUGAUCAGGUCAAGUAUGUCAAGAGUCUCAAGGAGGUUGCCAUUGAAAUCCCUAGCCAGCGUGCCAUCACUCAAGACAAUGUGACACUGGACUUGGACGGAGUGCUCUACCUCCGCGUUGUAGACCCCUACAAGGCCUCCUACGGCGUCGAGGACGCAGAAUUCUCAGUCUCCCAACUGGCUCAAACAACCAUGCGUGCCGAGAUCGGUCUCAUGACCCUUGACCGCACCCUUGCCGAACGUGCCCACCUGAACUCCAACAUUGUCGAGGCUAUUAAUGGCGCCGCGGCAGAUUGGGGGAUCCGCUGUUUGCGUUAUGAGAUCCGUGAUAUCCACCCUCCUGCUAAGGUCGUUGAGAGUAUGCACCAGCAGGUCUCUGCUGAACGUACCAAGCGUGCUCAGAUCUUGGACUCUGAAGGUUCGCGUCAAGCAGCAAUCAACGUUGCAGAAGGUCUGAAGCAAUCCGUGAUCCUGCAAUCAGAGGCCAACAAGGCUGAGCAGAUCAACCAAGCCACCGGCGAAGCAGAGGCAAUUCUCCUCCGCGCCAAAGCAAACGCCGAGGGCAUCUGUCGUAUUGCCGAGGCCAUCACUAACAGUGAGGGUGGACACCAUGCGGUCUCGUUGACGGUUGCUGACAAGUAUGUCGAUGCCUUCUCCAAGCUCGCCAAGGAGAGCACUACCUUGAUCCUGCCAGCUCCUGCCAGUGAUGCCUCCUCCAUGGUUGCUCAGGCGCUUACCAUCUAUGACGGUAUUACCAAGAAGCGUGGUGUCUCUAUUGACCAAGCCGCUCAUCAGAAAUAG